GUCAGUCAAGUCACCAAUCACCAUGCUCUGCUUCUCCUGUCCUCUCCUCAGCAGCUCUCUUUGAGUCUAACCUUCCUUCUCUUCCCAUAUUCUAGAGCCCACAAUUUCUUUAAAUUAGGGUUCUACAUUUCUCCGUACUUCCAUGGAUAGGCAUAGGGGAGACCGCUACGGUAGCUUCAGCAACAACACUACCAACACUCCCUACAACCAAGAGUCCUAUCAUAAUCGUCGAUCUUCUCGCUUCUCAGACGGACCCUCCCGGUUUUCUGAUGCUCCCGUCAAUCGCUAUUCCACCAAUGGUAGCAAUACCUCCAGCAAUUAUGACCGUCGGAGUCCCAACAACUUUCAUCAUGGUGGUGGUGGUGGUGGUCACCGCCCAUUCGACAGUCCUCCUCGUCAUCCUCCUCCCGCUGCUGGAGCUGUAGGUGUAGGAGAAUUUGGAUCUUUGGGAGGCGGCACCCCUGGUAGUGGAGUAUUUCCGCCAUUGGGUGGCGGAGGUGCAGGAUUUGGGUCUAAUUACCAGGCUCUGACGCCUCCUACUCAGCCUCUAUCAGGGCAUAAACGAGGGUAUCCAUUUGCUGGCCGCGGAAGUUCUCCUGAUCGUUUUGAUGGUGGUAGCUUUGCCAAACUCUUUGUGGGAUCUGUUCCAAGGACUGUUACAGAAGAAGAUAUUCGCCCGUUGUUUGAGCAACAUGGAAAAGUGAUAGAGGUUGCUUUGAUCAAAGAUAAGAGAACAGGACAGCAACAAGGUUGUUGUUUUGUUAAAUAUGCAACUUCUGAAGAAGCUGAUAGGGCCAUCAGAGCUUUGCACAAUCAGCAUACUCUACCUGGAGGAGUAGGUCCUAUCCAAGUAAGAUAUGCUGAUGGGGAGCGAGAGCGCCUUGGUGCAGUUGAGUACAAAUUAUUUGUUGGGUCACUGGACAAACAGGCUACAGAAAAGGAAGUUGAGGAAAUAUUUUCACCAUAUGGCCAUGUUGAAGAUGUUUAUCUCAUGCGUGAUGAAAUGAAGCAAAGCCGUGGAUGUGGAUUUGUUAAAUACUCUCAUAGAGAAAUGGCACUGGCAGCUAUAAAUGCUCUCAAUGGAAUUUACAGAAUGAGAGGUUGUGAUCAACCAUUGACUGUUCGGUUUGCUGAUCCUAAGAGGCCUAGGCCUGGAGAUUCAAGGGGUAGUCCUGCAUUUGGAGGUCCAGGCUUUGGCCCCCGAUUUCAAGCUCCAGGGCCCAGACCGGUGCCCAAUUUUGGUGACCCAAUGGGUGAUAGAGGUCCACCUAAUGCUUGGCAUCCAAUGAGUACACAGAAUAUGGGGCCUUCCUCCGAUGCUGGUGCACGUGGUUUUGGGAGUCGGUUGCCUCCUAGAUCUGGUGACCUACCUUUAAAUCAGGCUGGUCCCUUGGGUGGCCCUUCCGAUGGUGCUCCUCCAGGACAUGUUUCUUCUACUGCACAAAAUUUUAACCAGCAUUUACAGCAACUACCACCAGUUAGCCAGCAAAUCUCUCCAUUGCAGAAACCCCUCCAGUCUCCCCAGCAUUUGCCUCCUCUUCAACUACACCCUCAAGUUACAUCUUAUUCACAGACACAAACAUCCCAUGCUGGUCAUGCUCCACCUACUGCUGGUCAGACACCUUUCACUCAAGCACCACCAUCACAGCAGUAUCUUGGUAUGAGUGGACAGUUGUCUGCUUCUCAACCUCAGCUGCAGCAGGGCGCUUCAGCUGGUACACCAUUACAAGCACCUUUGAAUAUCAACCUACAAUCCCAUUCUGGGUCUGCUGGGACAAAUCAACAACAGAUUCCUGCUCCUGUCCAGCCGCAAAUGCUUCAGCCCCUUCAUCAGUCCCCUUCUCAAUUAGCUCAGAUGCUGUCACAACAGACACAAACUCUGCAAGCGACCUUUCAGUCAUCCCAGCAGGCAUUCUCACAGCUGCAACAACAAUUGCAGAUGAUGCAGCCAUCAAAUCAAGGUUUAACAUUGCAGCAGAGUCCUCAGCCUACUAAACAGCAGUGGCCUGGGAUUCCACCACAAACAGUUGCAAGUACGCCACUUGCUACACUGGCUGCAGAUAUACCUCCAUCUACUUCUGCCCCUGUUGCACCUGUAAUAGCUCAGCCAGUGGCUCCUGUAAAGUGUAAUUGGACAGAGCAUACCUCUCUUGAGGGGUUCAAGUACUAUUACAACAGUGUAACUCGAGAAAGCCGGUGGGAGAAACCAGAGGAGUUGACAUUACUUGAACAACCACAGCAGCAGCAACUGCAACAGAAACCUCCAAUUCAACAGCCUCAAACCCAAUCAAAUCCUCAAGUUCUGCCCACCCAGCAAGUGCCACAAGCACAACAGAUGUCACUUCAAGCUCAGUUCCAAACUCAGUUUCGCCACCAGCAGCAGCUGCAACAGCCUUCCUUUCCAUCAUCGUAUGCUGCUUCUGGAGUUAGAGUUCAGCAAGAUGCUCAGGAACUUGGUUAUACACAAUUACCUGCAGCUGCUAAUUCAGUCAAUGAUCCUACACGCUUCCAGGGGCUUCAGGCUGCUCAGGAGUGGAUGUGGAAGAAUAAGGCGGCAGGUUCUGGAACAUGAAGUGGAAGAGUGGAUUGAAAGGCAGCAGAUGUGCUAUUCAAAUGCCUGGCAAGAGAAUGUGGAAAGCUUAGUGGCAAGGGAAGGCAUCAGCAGCAAUCUUUGUGCAAAAAAAUGCUUAAAAAUCAAGUGCAACUGGAAUGGUUUCUGCAGCCUGUACCUGUAGUUUUCUUGGUUAAACUCUGGGAAUUUACGUCUCAGUUACUGAGUGAUCAAAUUGAGUCUAUGCCCCAACUGUGUAUUGAAGUAAAAAAUGUCAUGUAACAUUUCCAGUAGUUGUUUUAAUGUGUAACGUAGUCCCCAAUUUAGCU